GGCGGGCGAGGGGCUUCCUGCGGGGAGGCUGCGACCGCUGCUGCCCCGGUUCUGCUCCCGUCCCGUCCCGUCCCGUCCAGCCGCCGGGAUGAUCAACGCCAUCCUGGUGUUCAACAACCACGGCAAGCCGCGGCUCGUCCGCUUCUACCAGCACCUGGCGGAGGAGGUCCAGCAGCAGAUUAUCCGAGAGACUUUCCACCUGGUGCUGAAGCGGGAUGACCACAUCUGCAACUUCCUGGAGUGCGGCAGCCUGUUUGGUGGCUCGGACUACAAGCUGAUCUACCGCCACUACGCCACGCUGUACUUCGUCUUCUGUGUGGACUCCUCGGAGAGUGAGUUGGGCAUCCUGGACCUCAUCCAGGUGUUUGUGGAGACACUGGACAAGUGCUUUGAGAAUGUCUGUGAGCUGGACCUCAUCUUCCACAUGGACAAGGUUCACCACAUCUUGCAGGAGGUGGUGAUAGGCGGCAUGGUGCUGGAGACCAACAUGAACGAGAUUGUGGCACAGGUGGAGGCCCAAAGCAAGCUGGAGAAGGCAGAGGGAGGCCUCUCAGCCGCUCCUUCCCGUGCGGUCUCGGCUGUGAAGAACAUCAACCUGCCAGAGAUCCCUCGCAACAUCAACAUCGGAGACAUCAACAUCAAAGUGCCCAACCUGUCACAGUUCAUGUGAGCGUCCUGUGGCAGGGAGGGCUGCCCACGCACGCAGGCCGUGGCCUGGGCU